AUGGAUGAUAAUUACAGAGAUGAAUUUCAGGGAUCAGAAUCUGAAAUUACUAGAAGGUCAGACGAGAAGUAAUUUAAGUGUAUACGCAUAUCGAUAGCAUUUUCGAUAUACUUAAUAUUUCAAAUGUUGGCUCUUAGAAUAGAGUACUAGAUAUAGUGGACUUAUAUUGCAAUAGUUUUCAUUAUUUGUGACACUUUCAUCUGGAUCUUGACUACUAUAUGGUUAUUUUAAUAGCAAUAUCCAAGAAUAGCUAAAGUGUUCUUAGGAAUAGCCUAACACUCCACUUUUGGACUCCUGCCAGUUUUUGCCCUACUUCUUUGUUUGCAGUUGGAUUCAAUUAUUAAUUAGAACUCCAUUCUAGUGGCAUUCCCACUGUUUACAUGGGAAAUUUUGCUGUUAUCAUUUUUGAUUUUUAUCAUCCCUGGCUUGAGUGAUGAUACUCAAGGAUCCAAGAAAUGGGUAGCUGUAGUCAUUCUAUACUACAUUGCUAUUAUUUACACAGAGAUUGCUACACUAAUCCAAUUGCAAUUCCAUUUCAAUUGGUUUUGGGUAACAUCCUUACUAAUUUUUACAUUUUUUUACCACAUAAUUAUACUAAUAACCGACUACACUAUCACUGUGAUUUGGCAAUGCACUAUUUUAGCUACAUGUAUUUUCUGUCUAUUUGAAUUCACAUACAUUUUGAAUGACGUAAGUAAAGAGCAAAAUAAAUAAAUGCAAUAUCUAGCAAUCAUUCCAAUGUGUGUGAUCAGUAUUAUUAAUUUCAUUAAAUAAAUCAUAGUGUGA